GAAGGAGGUAAAAUGGCCACCGGCGGCGGCGCGGAGGAGGAGAGGCAGCCGGACCAAACGCAGCUCCCGCUGCCCGCACAGGCCGCGGCCCGGGCCGACGAGGCCGAGGGCGCCCGCGAGAAGAUGGGCUGGGCGCAGGUGGUGAAGAACCUGGCCGAGAAGAAGGGUGACUUCCGUGAGCCGCGGAGGCGGGAGGAAGAAGGCGGCGGCGGCGGCGGUGGCGGUGGCAGCAGCGCGGGCAGCGGGCUCAGCUCCCCCGCGGGCCUGGCGGCGCCGAGUCCCGGCGACUUUCCCCCGGCCGGCCGCGGGGACCCGAAGAGCCGCCGCAGAGAGCCGGCCUGCGAGGCCGCGGAUGCUCGCAAGAAGAAAGGCGCAGCGGACCCGGGCAGGAGGAAGAAGAGCGAAGCGGCGGUAGCCAUGGCAACUCCCUCCGGGCCCGGCGAGGCGGAGGACUCGACCGAGCAUCCCCUGCAGGACGAGCCGGAGACGGCGGCGGCGGCGGCGGCGGCGGCGGCGGGGCCCCCGGGUAAGGGUCGCUUUCUCGUGCGCAUCUGUUUCCAGGGUGACGAGGGUGCCUGCCCGACCCGGGACUUCGUGGUGGGCACGCUCAUCCUGCGCUCCAUCGGCAUGGACCCGAGCGACAUCUACGCGGUCAUCCAGAUCCCGGGCAGCCGCGAGUUCGACGUGAGCUUCCGCUCGGCCGAGAAGCUGGCCUUGUUCCUCCGCGAGUACGAGGAGAAGCGCGAGCGGGAGGACUGCUGGGAGAACUUCGUGGUGCUGGGGCGGAGCAAGUCCAGCCUGAAGACGCUCUUCAUCCUCUUCCGGAACGAGACGGUGGACGUGGAGGACAUCGUGACCUGGCUCAAGCGCCACUGCGAUGUUCUGGCCGUGCCCGUGAAAGUGACCGACAGGUUUGGGAUCUGGACAGGGGAAUACAAGUGCGAGAUCGAGCUGCGGCAGGGGGAGGGCGGGGUGCGGCACCUGCCGGGGGCCUUCUUCUUGGGCGCCGAGAGAGGUUACAGCUGGUACAAGGGGCAGCCCAAGACCUGCUUCAAGUGUGGUUCCCGGACCCACAUGAGCGGCAGCUGCACGCAGGACCGCUGUUUCAGGUGCGGGGAGGAGGGACACCUGAGUCCUUACUGCCGGAAGGGCAUCGUGUGCAACCUGUGUGGCAAGCGGGGACACGCCUUUGCCCAGUGUCCCAAAGCAGUUCACAAUUCCGUGGCAGCUCAGCUCACAGGUGUGGCAGGACACUGAACACCCCGCUUGCCUGCCGCGUUGAACACACAGCCAGUUUACCCCUCUUUAAGUGCCAAAACUUUUUUUGAAACCGUUUUUUAUCGUUUUUUGGAAGAUCUUUCUAAAACCCACCAGAGACAUUUCUCUAUGCCUUCUUAAAAAACGAGUUCACUCCGUUUCAGCCUGUUCUGCCACGGUGGGUCUCGCCAGUAAGGACUGUCCAGAAUUAUAAAUGCAUGUUACCCCUUUCCCUUUAAUUAACUUUUUAAAAAAUCUUUUCAUUUUGUAUUUGCUGGUUUUUUUUUUUUUCUGUCUACUUUUUCCCCCCUUGAAUUUUAUACUACCUCCCUCCUCAUAUUUUGUUUUCUGGGGUUUUCAUUUUUUGAGCUGCAUUGCUCAUCUUUUUGUCCCCUCUGCGUGUGCGGGGCCCGAUGUGUCGGACACUCCGUCAAGUAUUUGGCGCAGCUCUACCCCGUGCCCUUUUAACUUGCUGCUUCUAAUCUUUGUGGUCUGAGAAUUUGUGAAACCAGUGUUGUUAGAAGUGUAUGUAAUCCGAACCAGUGAGCCCUGAAUGGUGGCCAAGGGCCUCUCCUGUGGCAUAAAGACUUACGGACUCUGUGGCAACUCUUCUGUUUAGCUCAGAGGUCAUUUUUCAUAGAAUCAUGGAACCUAAACUUUUUGCUGCUGGGAAGGACUUAAGAGGUGGUUGCUUUUAUUGUUGUAGAACUUGGUGGUGGUGGGCUUGUUGGGGUUUGGUUUUUAGGUUUAGUUGUGACACGGGGUCUCAUACUGUAGCCCUGGCUACCCUGGAGCUCUGUUGGCCAGUGGCUGCCUUUGAACUUGCAGUCACCAUCCUUCCUCCACCUCGAGAGGUUUUUAAGUCAACCCCUUUGUUUUCCAGCAGAUAAACGCCCAGAGAGGUUAAAUGACUGGGUCAAAGUUGCAUAGCUGUCUGGCGCCCUUGGUAGUGUUCCCUGACCUCAGACCCGGUGCUCAUCUCACUACCUCUCACACUGCACAAUUUCCUCAGCAUUUGAGGACCCAGAAAGUCUGAUCUCUCCACAGCGAUGAGCUCAGAGCAGUACUGAGAAAUCAUCUAUGAGAGAGAGCAGAAAGGGAAGGCUUGACUGGGACUUCUAAAUACUUGAGAGCUAGGGAAAGGACCCAGGAACAAGUUCGAGGCUACGUGCAUUUGCCCUGGGGUACCACCUCUCAAAUGGGUCAUGGGUCAGGCCCUUUGGAGGCCCUCCUCUCCCCAUUCUUUGUCGUCAGUGAGAAAUGGAGGUGCCCCUGGGUAAGGAAACCUACCAUAGGUUUACAUUUGCAUCUUUGCCUCAGUAACUAGGAUCCUGAGAGAAGCUAGCCAGACUCACCUGAAGCCUUUAAGCAACCUCGGACUCUCAGAAGAAAGGUUGUUUCAACCCGGAAUUAUGAGUGAGGUGUUAACUCUAAAAUGAUCUUGGGAAACUGGCCAAGCCAGAGGGCUGGGCCAACUACGUGUAAUCAAGUUACAAUUAAAGGACAUAGUACCCUACUUUUAAUUGUCUUUGCUAUGUUUUGCUAUUUUCUUGUGGCUUAGGAUGUAAUAUUGUUAAAGAUUUGUUCUGAAUAAAUAUUUAUCUUUUAUACUA